GAAACAGCGCUGGCAGCCUGAAGAGGCUUCUGCCGCGCACGGAGAGGACAGUGCGGAAUAGAGUCAAAACUCCCGUCGAUUGGUGCUCUGACACCUAAGAAACGAAAAACUUGCUUUGAGAAGUUCCUAUUGUGGACUUACAUUGACGAGUAGCGAUGAUUAUCGAUUAUUUUUAAUGUGUUGCCGUGUUUCGUUAUUGAUUGCUCUAUUAUUGCUGUGAAGAAGAGGCAGGAGCUUUAACCGACAGGAAUUAGUAUUUGUCGGGUUAAUAACGUUGGAGUGUCGACACUUCAGAGGCGGUUUGCCGCUAGUAGUUAACGUUAGCAGCUGUUACUGGUCUCUGCUGAGGAAUUGCUACAACUUGGACCCACACUGGAGUUGAUUCUGAGGAGCGUCGUCGGUUUUCAGCACCCUUGGCUCGCUGCGGAGAGAGCUGCCCGGUGGUAAGGUGCAGCCACGCCGGGGAGAGGCACAGCGCGACGGCCGCCACUCUUCGGCUAGCUCGCCUGCUGCUUCUGCUUGCUGGAUCGAGGCCUCGACGGCGAGGCGACAAUGCUCGACAUAAUGUCUGAUCACCAAGAUUCACUGUUGGCGUGCAAAACAGAACCUUUGCCCCCAGAGAGGAGAAAGAGGACCGUGGAGGACUUCAACAAGUUCUGCAGCUUUGUCCUUGCGUAUGCUGGUUACAUCCCCAGUCCAAAAGAGGAAAGCUCGUGGUCUCCAACAUCAUCCAGCUCUGCACACAGUUCAGGGUUGUCUGCAGAUGGAGGUGGUGGAGGCAGCAGCUCCAUGGCCAAUACUUGGACAGAUGGAGGCUCCGAUAUCCACACCAUCCACACGUUUGUGCGCAAAGCGCGAGCAAACAAGGGUAAAAGUAUUCGACGCAUGCACUCUGACAGCACUUUGCUGGACAAGAUGCGCCUUAAGGACUCCUUGUAUGGGAGCCAGGCCAGCUCCAAGUCAGAGCGCAAGAAGGACAAGAAACUGAAAAAGUUGUCACUGGGUUCCGCCAUGACGGCAGCAGAUAGUGGCAGUAGUGAAAGUGAGAAACGAGCUCGCAUCAAGCGCAGCAAAAACUCAAAACAGCCCAAAACUAAGAAGCUCAAGAGUCCAGCUGCUCAAAGCGAGACGGACUCGGAGGCACAGCAUCCGCAUACAGAGGUACGGCCGGUCAGAGAGGAGCUGGCAGAGCACGGCGGCUCCACCACCAGCAUGCAGGGCCUGGGAAAGGUGCAGCCGGACGAGUCCAUUAGGGAAGCAGAGAUGAGCUCCAGCGAGGGCGAGACCUGGAUUGCAGAUGAAGACAUCAUGGUGGAGUCAGGAGAUGAUUCGUGGGACUUGAUCACCUGUUACUGUGGGAAGCCAUUCGCAGGGCGACCGAUGAUCGAGUGCAACCAGUGCGGCAUAUGGGUGCACUUGUCGUGCGCAAAGAUCAAGAAGUCCAACGUUCCCGACAUCUUUUACUGCCACAAGUGCAGGGACUUGAGGCGGUCGGGACACAAAAAGGACACCUAGACACGAAGAGGAUGGGAGGGAUGUGGGUCAGCCACCCAGUUUUUGCUGUUCUCUUGACACUUCUUUUCUUUGAUGCCUACAGCCAAAACAGCCUAAAUUAUCACUUUGAUGGCAACGGUAUUGUCAGUUUGUAGGAAUUCUUUUGACAAUCGUAACCAUUUUUAUUUAUCCCUCAGUCUUUUUUUAAACGUUAGUCAUUUCUUUCGGCUACUGCAAAGAACUAGACAGAAGGUGACAGCGGGGACUCCUUUACACAUCAGUUCCUACAUUAAUUGGCUUCAUUGUGGUGUACUGUGCUGGUAAUGUGCACAUCAUUCUUCAUGAUCGCUCUUAUCAAAGACGUAUUUUUAACUUUUUUCAAGAUAUCCAGAUUUCCUUUAGUGUCUCCAGGAGGACUGUUUCAGUUCCACGGCCAUUUCCUUGAAACUUUAAACCAUUUUAUGCGUCAGUUUCAUGUAUGGCUUUAGAGAUUGCAAAUGUCACUCCCAUAUGUCUGGCUCUGUGGGCAGCUCAUUGUAUUUUUUGGUUAAAUGUUGUUGAUUUAUUUGUGGUGACCACUCAUCGUUGUAGAGAUCUCAAUCCUCUAGAACAAGUGCUGUUUACCAUUUAUUUUUGCAGUUGCAUCCAAAUUGUUAAAUUUCAAAUUGCACACAGACAAUUCUUUGAGCAGUGCACUUUUAAAAUCCAAGCCCUGAUACCGUUUCCUCUGCGUAUGUGGAUGGUAUAGAGAGUCUGUACUUGGCAUGUAGCUGUGUACAUUGGUGAUUGAGCGCUUAGUGUUCCUCCCUGUCUGGCUUGUUAAUCGAUCAUUGAUAGCAAUUUACCAUGAACAACAUUUACACAGAGAGCAGUUAAAUUUUGAUGUUUUCAUUUCAUGUGUGUUUUUUGUUUUUCAUGUUAACUGAUUUGACGCGAGAGGAUAAAGUUGCUGUAAGGUGAAA